AUGGACAUUCCAUCCUAUCAAUACGAGAGCCUGCCUGCGCCCGAUCAUAUCCGUCUCAUCACCAUCCUUCCUGGAGACUGCGGAUUGACAAUCAAACUUGGUAUCGAGCAUGCCGACAUCAACUUGCAUCCCAAAUACGAGUGCCUGUCGUAUGCCUGGGGAACAGAUGACCAUAAGCGGCCCGUCACGAUCAACGCUUCUUCGCUACCGGUUACUGCCACUCUUCAUGUCGCGCUCGAACACCUUCGCCAUAGGUCACAAGAGCGCAAGAUUUGGAUAGACGCUAUUUGUGUCAACCAAAGAGACAUCGCUGAGCGCAAUAGUCAAGUCGCUAUCAUGAGAAAGAUUUACCAGAAUGCGAUGCGCGUGAUUGUGUGGAUUGGGCCAGCGACUGCGUCGAACGAAAAGGCCAUGGAAUUUUUGAAGAUGAUGGCCAAGACAAAGAAGAACCCAAGACUCCCUUCCCCUCCACGUGAUCAUGAUGAUCAACUAGAUUUCCAAGAUGGCCAGGCAGAUCUUGAUCAUCACGAUAAAGCGAUGUCUAGUGAUGAGAAACUCCUCUCCUUACAUGUGCUCUCCCUAGAACUCGAAACUAACGAGAGGCCGCGUCCUCUACAUUCUGCUGGAGCUUUGUGUAGUAGUCAGAAUCGAGCUGACAGCCCAAACUACUUGAAGAAACUGAAAAGCCAUCUUAUGGAACUUUACAAAUUACUGGGACAGACUUUCUUUCGCAUCGAAGAACCUGGACUAGACCCGCACGAAGCCAAACGGCGCGAGCAACAAGAGGCGAGAGCCAUAGAAGAAGCCAUGAACAACGACUUUGCGGUAUCGGGCUUUCCCAGACUCUAUUACACACUCGUUAGACCUUAUGACCAGUACUACCAGAAUGCCCGGGAGCCCCAUUGGAAGAGUCUAAAUGAACUACUUGCUCGCCCUUGGUGGGGACGGACCUGGAUAGUACAGGAAGUAUGGUGUGCCUCAGAUGCAGCACUUCAAUGUGGUUCUACGAUGAUCAAAUGGAAAACUUUUCAGAAGGCCAUGGAUUACACUGAAGCAUGGGAUGAGAUGGGCGAAAGUGUGAAAGGCAUGAAAAGACAGUUGCAGUGGGACACAUUACGACGACGGUAUACUUUGGCGAUCCACCUAACCAAGGCCAGAGUCAAUGGUAGCUCGCUUUUGUUGCUGCUCUGGAAUACCUGGGAUCGAGCGUCUACGGAUCCAAGAGAUAAGGUAUUCGUUGUGCUGGGUCUAGUUGGCGACGCCGAAGGUGUCUCCAUGGCGCCUGAUUACCGCAAGCCGAUGGAGCAGGUGUAUAAGGAGACUGCGCGUGAUAUCAUGGGAAGAGAGGGUAGGAUGGACAUUUUAUUGACGGCAAGCGGCAUCCACGGCGAUGAUGGUUUGCCAUCAUGGGUACCGGAUUGGCGACGCGAGGCUAACGCAAAAGAACCAGUAUUGCUUUUCAUUCGGCAUCUCCUGAUGAAGUUGGCCCACGGAGAAUCUACAGAUCUGUUCGUGCUCCUAGGACACGGUUACCGUGCAGCUGGCAAUUCAGAGGCGUUUGCUUCUUUCAGCGAGGGUUCGAGGGUGCUUACUGUGUUGAGCAGGAAGCUCGACAGUCUCGCGGAGGUUUGGUAUGUAGACAUUGUUGCGAUACGUGAUGAUGAAUUUAUCAAUCGAGCGUUCGACUUUAUCCUACAAUCAGAGUUCGUAUCUACCAAGGCACGACGGAAAGUGUCGGUGGAAAGAGAGCAACCGCCUCAUACCCGAGAUGGUUCGCUCCUACUCAUGACGCUUACUGGUGGCGGCAAUCAACGGCGGCUUUUCGUGACGAAGAAUGGGCACAUUGGGAUCUGUCCAGUAGAUGCUCAGUCUCGCGACAUGGUCUUCAUCAUCUCUGACUGUAAUGUCACGAUCGUAUUUCGACCAAGCAACAGCAUGUUCGCUGUUGUUGGUGAAGCUUACAUGCACAGUUACAUGGCCGGUGAGGCUCUAGCUCGCCCGUGGUACGAGAGAUGGAUGAGAACUUGGACGAAGAUCUCGAUGCUGUUAAACAAGACCAGCUUUCAUCAACACCUAUCCAAAUGGGAUAGUAUGAGUUUUGUGAUAGGUAUGAGUGUGAGGAGCCUCGCAUGA